AUGGCACUGCUUGAGAUGAAGUUUUGUAUUUUAUUGUUUUGCACUAUCAUGAUGUUUGCCAAAUUUCAGCCAUCCAUUUACUUGGAUAUACAUGUCGUAAAAAUUGAAAGCGGUCCGAUAAUCGGAGAGGAAAACUUGAAUCAUUUUGCAUUUAAAGGAAUCCCAUAUGCUGAGGCAAAUAGAUUUUCAGAAGCACGACCUUUUUCUAAACGAUGGCAUAGAAUUUUAAGUUUCAAUAAAUUUGGAAAUGUUUGUGCUCAAUACGAUCAUUGGACUUAUGGGUUUCAUGGUGAUGAAGACUGUUUGAAUUUGAACGUUUACGUACCGAAAAGUGUAAUUGAAUCCGAUGAGCUGUUGCCUGUAAUUGUUUUUAUUCAUGGUGGUGCGUUUAUGUUUGGUGGAAGUGAUUUUUAUGGACAGGAUGCAUUCAUGAGAGAGCAAAACACGAUUCUUGUUACAAUUAAUUAUCGACUAGGCAUUCUUGGAUUUUUAAGUACAGAAGAUGAAGUUCUGCCUGGCAAUUUAGGAUUAAAGGAUCAAGUUGAAGCUCUUAAAUGGAUACAACGAAAUAUUGAAGCAUUUAAAGGUGACAGAAGAAAUGUGACAAUUGCUGGAUUCUCAGCUGGCGGUGCUAGUGUUCAACUGCAUUACUUCAGUCCAUUAUCUGAUGGACUGUUCAAAAAUGGAAUAUCACAUUCUGGCGUAGCUUUAAAUCCUUGGGUGAUGGCUGAAAAUGCGAGAGAAAAAGCAUUCAUUGUGGGAAAAUCUGUUGGAUGUAAAUAUCAUGAUAGUAAGAAGCUGUUAAGAUGUCUCAAGAAAGUUCCUGUGGCUAAAUUAGUCUCAGCUGCAAAAAUCUUUCAACCAUUUUUGUACAACCCUUUCUCGCCAUUUGGUGUUGUGGUCGAGAAUGAUUAUGCUAAUGCAUUCUUAACUGACCAUCCUCAAAAGAUAUUAGAAAACCGAAAAUUUAAACCACGUCCUUGGAUUACAUCCGUUACAAGAGAUGAGGGUUUAUAUCCAGCAACUGAAUUCUACAAUAACAAAACAUUGAAACAAUUAGAUGAAAAAUGGAAUGAUUUAGCUUCCUUCUUGUUAGACUUUAAUUCAACAACCUACGACAACCAGAAGAAAUUGGAAUGGUCCAAAACCAUAAGAAAGUUUUAUUUUGAUGAUGAAAGGAUUAAUGAUGAAAAUUUUGGUAGAUUGACAAAGCUCAUGACAGACAGACUCUUUAAGAAUGGAUUUUAUAAUUCUGUGGUCUUGCAGUCAUCUUAUUCUAAAACUUAUUGUUACUAUUUCGAAUAUGAAACUGAGCAACAUGCUAUGGACGAAUUGAGAAACACAACAAACUUUCUAGGUGUAGCUCACGGAGAUGAUGUUUUUCUGGUUUAUAACAAUCGUAAAUUGAGAGAUUAUACAUCAGAUGAAAAGACAAUUGGUCAACAUUUUAUCGAAAUGUACAAACUUUUUAAUCAACAAAAUAUUGUGAGAUAUGCUGGGAAACAAAUUGAAGCAAGUGAUGGAAGCACUGUACAAUGUAUGAACAUUGGAUCUUCAUCAGACUAUUCGAUGAAAGUACUUGAUAAAAGUUUUGGAGAGGUUGAUUUCUGGAAAUCUCUUAACAUACCAGAAUAA